CGCACACAGUAGGGGUUGGCUGACAAAAUCAGGAUAUGACAUCAGUCCCAGGAAGAGAAGCCAAACAAGUUUUCUCUCUGUUUUUCAAGUCUUAUCUGUUUUCAGACUGGUCAGGUUUUCUGAUGAGUUUCUGAGAUAAAGCUCUUUAAAACAACGGUGUAGUCCAUGUCCUCUGGCUGCUGACUGGAGGCUGAGAAUUCCUCCUGAGCUUUCCCAUAGAUCCCCACAGCAUUCCAAGCAUUCAGGACGGGACUUGAGCCAGCAUCAUCAGUUGAUGAAACAGGAGACUUCAUCUCAUCCGUCUUGGCAUUUCUGGUGGAAGAAGAAGCAGUAGAAGCAUGGCUCUAUGCCUUGGCCAAGUGUUCAGCAAAGACAAGACAUUCAGGCCUCGGAAGCGCUUUGAGCCUGGCACGCAGAGGUUUGAGCUGUAUAAGAGAGCCCAGGCAUCACUGAAGUCAGGGUUGGACCUCAGGAAGGUGGUUCAGCUGCCUGAGGGAGAGAACAUUAAUGACUGGAUUGCUGUCCAUGUGGUAGAUUUCUUUAACCGUAUCAACCUGAUCUAUGGAACUGUUAGUGAAUUCUGCACAGAGAGAAGCUGCCCUGUCAUGUCUGGAGGCCCCCGCUAUGAGUACAGAUGGCAAGAUGGAGAUCAUUACAAGAAGCCCACCAAACUCCCAGCCCUUCAGUAUAUGAACCUGCUGAUGGACUGGAUUGAAUCGCUCAUCAACAAUGAGAAUAUCUUCCCUACACGCAUAGGGGUUCCUUUUCCAAGGAACUUCCAGCAGGUCUGCAAAAAGAUCCUAAGUCGGCUUUUCCGUGUGUUCGUGCAUGUUUAUAUCCACCACUUUGACAGCAUCUGCAACAUGGGAGCUGAGGCUCAUGUGAACACCUGCUACAAACACUACUACUACUUCAUCUCGGAGUUUAGUCUCAUCGAACACUCGGAACUGGAGCCACUGAGAGCCAUGACAGAACGGAUUUGUAACUGAAGAAGGCGGACAGUGACGUAACACCUAAGAGCUGAAUGCUGGUGUUCAUACAGCAAUCGUCCAGACAUCUCAUAUUUUUAAACCUUCACUUUUAAUGUAUAUUUGACCCAAGGUUCACCUUGUUGUAUUAGGAUAUUAUCCUACUCAAUGAGCCUAAGUAGAGUUGUAGCAGACUUGAUAUUCCAAAAAGGUGUUUUCAUGGUUAAAUAUGCUAUAUGAGCCGAUACCAUUGUAUUUCUUUUCUUUCUUUCUUUCUUUCUCUUUUUUACACAUUGGACUGCAAACGAAUCUUCAAAUAUAUAGGAUCAUAAUACUGUAGUUGCCAAAACUUGUUAAUUUUAUAGAUUGCUUUUUCGUUGCCGUUUCAGUAGCAGUGUAAAGUUUUUCGGGGGCGAGGUACUAACCCACCACCCAACAAUUUUGGAGGGAAUGGGCCCUGGUUUUCUGUUACGCUUUACUCCCUUAGCCCUUACCUAAAGAGGCUAACCCACAAGGCAGUGGGGUUUGUCUAUCCACCAGAUACUAUUUACCCAUGGGACCCUUUACAGGUGCAACCACCCGGGGCCAAGGUGGACCUGGGAGCAAUGGAGACCAAGGGGUAGAUCCGCUCUCCUGAGCCGGAGUCUCUCCACCAGUUGCAGUUUUAAGUCUUAUCCAGACCUAGCUUUAAACUACAAAAUGUCAGCCAGUGACUUAAAAUGUUCAUUCGCUCUACAUGUAAAAGAUGAGUGAGGUUUUAUGCAGCAUAUUUACAUGUCUGAGAUUUGAAGUCUGAAAUCUGACUCGAAAAUAAUCAGUGUUAAAAUUUUUGUCCCUGAAGAGUAUACUGACUAAUCCUUUGUGUUUUCUGGAACUCUGUUGGGACAUGUUAAACAUCUGGGUACUCAAAGCAGCUUGAAAUACAACAUUCUUGUUCUGUCCAAUGCAAAUAUCACUGCCAAAAUGUUGUCUGUUGCAUUUCUCUUGCUUGUAUCGUAGAUUUUAUGAGAAUGCGUACUGUUAUUUACACACUACUGUUCAAAAGUUUGGGGUCACCCAGACAAUUUUGUGUUUUCCAUGAAAAGUCACACUUUUAUUUCCCACCAUAAGUUGUAAAAUGAAUAGAAAAUAUAGUCAAGACAUUUUUCUGGCCAUUUUGAGCAUUUAAUCGACCCCACAAAUGUGAUGCUCCAGAAACUCAAUCUGCUCAAAGGAAGGUCAGUUUUAUAGCUUCUCUAAAGAGCUCAACUGUUUUCAGCUGUGCUAACAUGAUUGUACAAGGGCUUUCUAAUCAUCCAUUAGCCUUCUGAGGCAAUGAGCAAACACAUUGUACCAUUAGAACACUGGAGUGAGAGUUGCUGGAAAUGGGCCUCUAUACACCUAUGGAGAUAUUGCACCAAAAACCAGACAUUUGCAGCUAGAAUAGUCAUUUACCACAUUAGCAAUGUAUAGAGUGGAUUUCUGAUUAGUUUAAAGUGAUCUGCAUUGAAAAGAACAGUGCUUUUCUUUCAAAAAUAAGCACAUUUCAAAGUGACCCCUAACUUUUGAACGGUAGUGUACAUAAUUUUAGAACCACAUAGAAAUGAAAUCACUGUCAUAAGAAUUUAUUUUUAAAACCAGCUGAACAACCGAACAAAUGGUUCACCUAAUCUGUCUGUUGUUAGCUUCACAGUGUUGUUUAUUGCAUCUUUAACAGUAAGCAGAUCAACCAAGUCCUAACAUUCAUUUAUAUCAUAAUUUAUUUUCUGGAUAUUAGACUUGUAAAAUUCACUGUAAAUAUAAAGAGAGUAUGUAAGUGUCAAAUAAAUUCAAAUAGCCAUGUAAAAGAAGACAGGUGAUAAAUACUGUGUUGUCCAACAUGAACUGAAAUGUAUGGCCCCCUGGUGACCAAAGUUGAAAUUUUUUCUAUCUUUGUAUACUGUGUAUAUAGUAUUUCAGAAA